CGCUUGAUGAUAGAAAUACAUAUUGUAUAAACAUGUUAAUUUAAUGCAUAUAAAUGAGAUUUCAUCGAUGUGAAAAAGUUGGGGAAGGGGAAGCCUGAACUCCAAGAAUGGGUCGAGCACAGAGUCUGAAGCAGCAGGAGACGUGCAGAGAGGGGCUCUGGGCCCGGCCAGCGCUAAGCGGGCUCCACGCAGGCCGCUCUCGGAGCACCGCCCCCGCAGCCCGUUCCCGGGCCUCCGCUGGAGAGGGAGGAGCUUCCAAACCGAAAGAGAAAGCAGGCCCGUGGAGCCCGGGACAGCCCUCCUCUGAACCCCAUGAAGCCGGCGGGGCUGCAGUGGCUCUGGCUUUUCUGGGGCUGCAGCUGCUCCCUCGGCCCGGCUCACCCCAGAGUCCCCAGGGGAGCCCUCCCGGGCGCAGCAGCUGCAGCGAACAGCAGCCGCUCCAGCCUCGACUCCCCAGAGCGCAGCGAGAAGCGCUCUGCAGCCUUCCGGGAAAGUCUUAAAAGACAUCGCUACUUGAAUUCAUUUUCAUCCAGUGACAAUACUUCUGCCAUCUAUGGAAUAAAUCAGUUUUCUCAUUUGUUUCCUGAAGAAUUUAGAGCUAUCUAUUUGAGAAGCAAACCCUCCCAACUUCCGUUAUAUCAUAAAGAACUAAAGAUGCCAGCCACACAUAUGCCUUUGCCAAUAAGAUUCGACUGGAGAGAUAAAAAUGUUGUAACAAAAGUAAGAAACCAACAGAUGUGCGGAGGAUGUUGGGCCUUUAGUGUCGUGGGUGGAAUCGAAUCUGCCUGUGCAAUCAAAGGGGAAUCUUUGGAAGACUUAAGUGUCCAACAAGUCAUUGACUGUUCAUAUAAUAAUUUUGGCUGCAGUGGUGGGUCUACUGUUAAUGCCUUAAACUGGCUAAAUAAGACUAAGGUAAGAUUGGUGAGAGAUUCAGAAUAUUCUUUUAAAGCUCAAACUGGAUUAUGUCAUUACUUUUCUGGAUCACAUGCUGGUGUUUCCAUCAAAGGUUACUCUUCUUAUGAUUUCAGUGAUAAAGAGGAUGAAAUGGCCAAAGUACUCCUUGCCCAUGGCCCCUUAGCUGUGAUAGUGGAUGCAAUAAGUUGGCAGGAUUAUCUGGGAGGAAUAAUCCAGCAUCACUGUUCCAGUGGAGAAGCCAAUCAUGCCGUUCUCAUAACUGGUUUUGACAAAACAGGAAAUACUCCUUAUUGGAUAGUACGGAACUCAUGGGGCACUUCCUGGGGAGUAGAUGGUUAUGCCUUUGUUAAAAUGGGAGCUAAUAUUUGUGGUAUUGCAGAUUCAGUAUCUGCAGUGUUUGUGUGAUACAUGGAAGGAACACAAAAAUGAAAUCCUCAUUACUGAACAUUUUUGUCUUCAGAAACUCUCAAGUCCUGCUACUCAGCUACACAGGGACUAAGAGAAACUAGUUUUUCAAAGUCAUGGUCAUUGAGUGAUUGUCUUUGUAAAUACCAGGCGUGCUGAAGUCAAGGGGAAAAUACCAGGUCAAUGUUCUUCUUGCUGCCGUUUGUGGGAGGUUAAACUAUAGGGAUUUGCAACAUAUAGAUUCUGUGAAUCCAUUCAUUCAGUUCAACAAAUUAUUAUUUUGUGGCUUCAGCAUGCAAGUCCAAGUAUUAAGCAUUAGGGUUACAGAGAUGAAGAAAUUCCAACAAGAUAGAAAUACGAUGAGAAGUGGGCUAUGAUAAGGAUGUAGGAACAUUCAUGGCAGAUUCAAGGAGAGAUGAAAUGAGGGAGUUAGAUCUUUCAAUCUUUUCUUGUUCUGACGUUCUAUGACCCUAUGAAGUCUUGGGCUUUCCCUUUGUGAUGUCCUUCUUCCAUAGGGUCAUUGGUAGCUCAUUUGUACCCACUAUUUGUUCAUUAUCCUUCCCAUCCAGUAAUUAGUUUUUCAUGAGUCUGGUAGCUGACUGAGCUAUGCUAAUUUUAAUUUGAAAUAGUAAGUAGUAUUUCCUGGUAGUGCUGUGAGAGAGGAGUCUUCUCUCACUGACACCUGAGCUAGUCCAUGCUUAAUUCCUUAUCUUACUUUGAGAAAAGAAAAGGAAAAAAGUCUUAUCUCUUUAAAAGUGCCCUAAGUAUUUUUCUAUAAAUCCCUGUCAGUCUUUAAUAUAAUAGAACUUUCAGUAUGAAACUUUCUAAAUAGCAAUAGCUUUCAAACAGAGACAUUUCAUCCUUUCUUCUUUUUGCAUCCUUAGAUCCCUUAAUCUAAAUCAUCAGGGUUCGGCAGUCCUUCUUUUCUUGCAUUAGCCAAAAGUGGCCUCAGAAGAAUAUGUUUGUUUACUGAUAUACUCUCAAGAAUCAGCCAGGAGAAUUAUUAGUCUUGGGAAAUGAUGAAUUGUGAAAAAUAAUUGGGGCUUGGACUGUUAGCCAAGAGAUGGGUUCUAAGCCUGCCAAUAAUAAACUGACUUUUGACAUAAUUAUCCCAGUUUUCUCUAUAUAGAAGGAUUUGGAUAAGCUCAGGGAUCUCCAGAGUAGACUAAGGGGACUAUUGUAUAACUUUGUAUGUUAUUAACUCAGUAGAGGGUGGGAUUAUAGUUGCCAAUCUAGAUUCUCUACUUUUCCCCCCAACUCCUUCUAUUCUUAUCCCUUGUCCUCUCAAUAAACUUGGGCCAGGGGAAGGCAUCCCUCCGCCUUUGGCUCUUUGCUUCAAAUACCAGCCAAUGAAUAAGACCUUACCACUACCAGUAUCCCUUUCAUUUUCAGUGGAUUGCGAAGUCACACAGGAUGAGCAGGCAUUUUUGGUGCACUGGAAAUCAUAUUUCAUCAAUUCUUCCUUCUAGCCAAAUCCAUUCCUUUUUUGAAGUUCUCUUGCUAUCAAAAGUAUCACCAUCUUCCCUGUAGAUUUGCAACUUUGGUGUCUCAUUCCAUUUGUUACUCUUAUUUCUUCCAAUUAGUUACCAAAUCAUGUCUUUUCUACCUCUAUGAUCUCUCUUGCAUUUCUUCCCCUCUCUCUGCUUAACAUAGCUACAUAGCUACCACCUAAGUUCAGACCAUCAUUACCUCUUGCCUGGACUCUUUACAAUAGAUUCCUAAUAAAUCUCCCUGCUUCAAGUCUUUCUCUUCUAUAGAGCUGCAAAAGUGGCAUACAUCUCACAUAUCACUCCUCCCUAGUAAAUUCCAUUGGUUUCCUGUUGACUGCAGAAUCAAUUUUUCAAAAAAUCUUUAUCUCAUACUUUAAAAAUAUCUACUUUUGUAUAAGUUUUAUGUAUACAUAAUUACUACAGCAGUACACAUAUUGGGGGUUUGUGCUCAAUUUUUUAUACUAAAAGAGAAAAACUAUCCAAAAAAUUUGGACUAGAUUUCUCCAAGGACUCUUAGACCUCUAAAAUUCUGGAGUUCUUUAGUAGAAAUCCUUUACAAUUCAGGUAAACCAGGAAAACAUUUCUUGAUUCAGCACAGCACACAUGUAUUGCAAUAUACAACUGAUUUGUUAAUGUUUUGUUAUUGUUACUUCUUUUUUAUUUUUAUGGGCAUUUAUAAAGUUCUGGAUUUUUAAAAUUUUGGAGAUAAUUUUUAAGUAAGGAAAUACUUGGGAAUUUUCUUGGAUUCACAGUUUUGAUUAUCUUUGUAAUAAAGAUUAAAAUAUGAUCAUUUA